AUGGGAGCAAGUGGAACAGACACUGAUCACAGGAACUGGAAACAGUGCGCGUGGAAGAACAACGACGGUCGUGAUAUUGGACUGAUCAAGGCUUGUUAAUUUAUCUGUGAUCAAAGCUAUAGUUCAGUUAGCAUAACAAGUAAUCGUCAUAUAAAAAUAUCAUCCCAGCCUUUGUGCUUCACCUGCCUUUGGCCUAGGUCAAUCAAUCGGGAAAAUAAUAUUGAAGCCCUUGUAAUUUUUAAAAAGAUCCAAUUUGCCCUAGGAGCACCGAACAGAUACGAAUCUUAUAGCGGAGCUAAAAAAAAUGAGCGGCAGUGGAAAAGUGAAAAAGAACAUGUACCACAUUUUCUCCAUAAAAAGUGAAAACCAGGAAGUUUUCUGGACGUUUCACGUUGCAGUCAUGCAAAUCAACGGCAAGGAAAUGUACAAGAAAGUUUGCUGCAAUUAGACCUAUUGUUGUUUUUCACAGUUCUGGUCAAGGGCAUCCAACUUUUAAUUUUUCACAUUUCACUCUCCGGGUUAGGCUAUUUUUCGUAGAGAGUAAAAUGGAAUCCUAAAAUUUUCGGAUUCAAAAAUGUGAUGAAAGAAGGUAUCUGAAAAAUUAUCUCCUUCGUAAUACGUUAAAUUGCAUCUAAAAUUUUCGGGAAAAUAUAAAUUCUGAAUUCCUCGUAAUUUCGAAAAGACUCAAGUUCCUCUACAAUGGCCGAACACUGAGAUGCAAAUUUUAUAGCGCCACUUAGAAUGCAUUUCUAUAGAGCUAAAAGUACUUUAUGAAUAGCUACAAAAGUGUUUUCAAUUGAAAGUAUUUGAGGAAACAGUCGUUGGGUGGCCCUGUCUCGUUGCCUUCUCCGCUUAGCAUUACACGAUAUAUUUUAUAUUUAGUAUGAGCAAACUAUAAAUCAUUAGCUUCGCUUUUAGCCCUCCUGACUAAAUUUAUGUAAGCGCUGUUUAGAAUGCAUUUUUCGAUCAAAAGUACUCUGGACAGCCUCAAAUGUGUUUUCAAUGCAUUUAGGGGGAAAUCAUCGUUGGGUGCUCCUGAGUUUUGAGAAUAAUAAUAAUAAUAAUAAAAAGAUAUCGCGCACAUAAAUUUUACUUUACGAUAUCUUCAGCUAUAUCUUCUAUUCAGCUGCAUAGCGUGGGCCAGAUUUUGCCCUUUUCCUGGGCGGAAAAUUCUCGUCCUCCUUCACCAGUUUGGACAACAUAUUAUGGAGUAAGACUUUGUUAAUCUAAGCAAAUAAGUCUGGUAGAGUCAAGAACCUAUGCACGCGGCUGGACGAACAAUGUGACAGCAGCUGAGACAGCGAACGUUAGAAGAAUUCGAACUUGAAAACCAGGCCUGCCCUGUUGAAAACUUACGGACGGUCCCGCGAUCGCCUUUUGUUUUCUGGUCAAAACUAACGCAGCGAACCUUCGGUCAGUCGAUUGACCUAGAAGCACUAGUACCAUCCCUCCCAUAGCAAGUGCUGUAUUGUUGCGCGAACGCGGUCGCUAAGCUUGAGUAUUCACGUCGCGUAUUAAACCUGGUCGUUUGCGGUCACAUCGAAGCGUAAAGGUCAACAGUGGUUGUUGAUGAGCGAGCAAUUAUUGUGCAGUUGCGAUGGGUUUUGUGGAGCAAGCGAGCCAGAAGCAGAGCACACGCUACCCGCAGAUUAGCCGAUGGUUAUUUGGAGCGGAUUCGUCGAUUAUCCUCGAAUUUAUCGCGCUUCGUGUGAAGGCGCGUGGAGAUGGUCUGUUUGUUUUGUAGCCAGCCUUUAAUUCUUCUUUAGUGGAUAGUACCUACAAUUGCAAAACUCAACAAAAUGCCACUUAAACCGGUCAGGAAAGACAAGGAUACGUUCAGUUGAAGGUAUCUUAGCUUUGUUUUGUUAUAUUUUGACUUUUAGACUAUUUUAGUCCAUGGGAGUUUCGACGACUCAUCGCAUUAAUUUGUCCAUGUGAAUAUUAAUAUAUUCAUUCAGUGACACAUACUAUGUCUGGGUCGCCUGUGGUAUUAACAAUCCUGGUUCAUCCAAUCACGCAGUGCAGGGUAUUAAUGAAUUGCAUUGAUAUAUGAUUUCUGCCCAUUUUUUCACCAACGGAAAUUCUUUAAGGGGCUAAUUUCCCAUUUUAAUUUGUAAAAAAGGUACAAACUAAUCUCGUACCCAGUUUUUUCAGCAUAAGACAGAGUGAGACCUGAGUUCGGGAUAAGGCACACACUGUUUUCAAUAAAAGGAGUUCUUAUUUUCUCCAACUGCACGAUGUCCUGAUCACGUAAACUGCGAGGCUUCUGAAGGGGGAAAUGAGAAGAAAGGCCCCCGAGGAAAAGGGACGCUCUUUAUGUACCUGCGCGCAUCAAUUCCCACAGUUCCCUUCCCUCCUAACGCCUCCCACGUGCACGUACGCAACAAAUCACGUUAGACUACGAGCUAGUUAACCAACAGCCUGCGAAAGCAUCCGUUUCUCCUUCGCUCUUCGCCGCUGGGGACGUUUCGCGAGGAGAAGAGCGAAGGAGAAACGAAUCUUUCGCAAGCUAGUUAACCAACACCUGAUUCGCUAGACAUGUAAAAAAUGGUUGCAAUAUUGCGUGUAAGGUUUUAUCGCCAACAAAAACGAUCAAAGAAUACAUAUACUUGAUUUAAUCUUAUAUUAUAUUCAUUUUAUUUAUUUAUAGUGUCCACAAUUAGCUUUUAGCUAAAUACCUUGACACUUUAAUAAAGUUUAUGUAUGUAUGUAUGUAAAAUACCCAAAAUUAAACACUGUUGUCAACAGAGUGUAAAAACACAGUUCCUCCGCUCUUUUGGUGGAUGAUGUCUUAGUAGAUUACUGAACAAGUCGAACAAAAAAAUGCUAGAUGUUAACUUUAGCGUUUUAGUCAGUAAUCCAUCAUUCUCUUUAGUGAAAACGUGCGUCGGCUAUCAACGUGCGUCAGCUAAGCUUAAGUCAAACUUUUGACUCAUGCGCAUGGUGUUAUAAUAACUCGGCCUCUUCCACCUCGGUUAAAGCAAGAUUAAGAGAUUAAGCUGUGAUCAAGUUACCGUACGUGUUUCUCUUCACAACACGUAGCUUUCGUUGAAAUCGAUCGAUACAAACAUUGAAUUUAUGUUCUCAUCUUCCACUGCACUCAAUACAGAACCCCAAGACUUGUGUUAGAGUUUGAGGUCUGUUUUCCCAGUUUCCACUUCUCUUUCGUCUCUCGUGUAACCUCCAAAUGGAAGUAAGAGGUGUUGUUGGUGUGCUUUCUAUUCUAUCUGUUGAUAUCUUCCAAGUGCUCAACUGAUAACGCAUCCUCUAUCGCCAAGGUAAGAUUGACUCAGUGAGACUAGUAAAAUAGUAAUUGAGAAAAAUUCGACUGAAUUAUACAUUUGCAUUAAACUGUACAAAUUUCCCACUGUUUCAGCGCAGUAUAGAGAACAUGAGUUAUAUGGAGUCGAAAGAAACAGUGCUUCUUCCCUUUUUUUAGAUAUGAUUUGAAUCAUUGUUUAUUUAUCAGAUUAACCACGAACGUUUACCCCACUUUAAUUUUUUCAUGUUCUAACAUACGUAGAUAGAGAUAAAGAUAAGUCUUCCGCUGUAAUUUUUCGCUUGAUCAUGAAUAGAUUGGCGAACGCUAGUGCUACGCGCGCAAAGCACGAUAUUCUCACGAUCCACUAUCACUACCCUCCACGAAGGGGUUUAUUGAAGAUGAAACCUUGGAGUGAUUCGAUUGCAGGACCAUGAUAACCUAGACAACAGUGUAAAUAAGGCUCAUGAUCGGUUAUGUGUUUUAAGGGGACAACUGGCAAGUUAUUGUUGCUCGAAAUAUCAAAAAGUCUUAACUUUUCAUCAGUAGGAUGCCUUAAAUGUGUGCACAUCUCAGUUUUUUUUACUUUUUCGGGAUCAUUCAGGGCAAAAGUAUAAAAGUGAUAGCACUUCCUAAGAAAGCGGAUUCAGUAUAGUUUGACUAAAAUGGCAUACUUUUUUAAUGUCUAAUUCCUUUCUUAAAACUGAUGUGAACAGAACUCUAGAACCUGUUUACAAGGAUCACCUGGCCUCCCCGGACGAAAAGGAGUCAAUGGGCAUAAUGGGUUACCAGGCCGCGACGGACGAGAUGGAGCUAAAGGUUAGAAGGGCGUGGCAGGUCCCCCUGGAUCACGUGGUGAGAAGGGAGAAAUGGGACCAAGUGGAACAGACACUGAUCACAGGAACUGGAAGCAAUGCGCGUGGAAGAGCGACGACGCCAGUGAUAUUGGACUGAUCAAGGUAGAUGAUUUUAAAAUUAGCGCCAUCAACGGCUCCAGUCAACUUUGGUUUUGUUAGAUACUAAGAAUGUGCAUUUACAAAGGAUGGUAUAUUCUUGUCCACUGGUAUCCUUACGGGAUGAAAAAUGUCGUUUAAGUAAACAAGAAAACCAAUAAUGGAGUUUUGAUUUUUUGUUGCAGGAUUGUUCCCUCAAUAAAACCAAGGAUGAUACUGCCCUCCUUGUUGUUUUCCAGGGAAACUUCUAUUUGACAGGAUGUGGCGGCUGCUGCAAGAGAUGGUUCAUCACUUUUAACGGCGCCGAGUGCAGUGCUCCCCCUGCCUAUUGA